AUGGCCUCUGCAUCGCGGCGCAUCUGCGACAGCUGUCUGGCUGCUUUCUCCAAAAGCACGAGAUCACAGCCGCUGUCGCCGUUGAGGUCCAGCAUCUCCCGGAGUCGCCCCUUCCAUUCGACACAAUAUCGCGCAGCCUUUGCUCCUCCCUCCCCAGAGUCGUUAGGCAAAGCGAGACCCGCAAGAGAGUACAAACGCACCCGACGAUGGCUGCGUAGACUAGGCUACCUCACCGUAGCCGGAGGGAUAGGCUAUGUGAUAGAUAACCAGUUCUUUGCCUCAGCACUCACACGAAGCACCCGCACAUUCGCCCUCGGAUUGACGGUAGCACUGGACUACAAGAUCAACUUUCGAGAAAACCCUCCGUUCGCUGACGACAUCACCGAAGUCCAUGCCCGCAAUGCAGAGAAGCUCUCGAAUCUCCUGCGAAAGAAUGGAGGGCUGUACCUCAAAAUCGGGCAGGCAAUCGCCAUGCAGAGCGCCAUUCUUCCACCCGAAUUCCAGAAGAUGUUCAGUACCAUGUUCGACGAUGCCCCGCAGAACGACUGGACCUCUGUCCGACGAGUGAUCAUGGAAGACUUCAACGGCCGAACUCCCGAAGAAGUCUUCGGCGUCUCUUUCAGCAACAACGGUGAUCCUACGAAGGGCGUCAUGGAGCGCAAAGCCCGCGCAUCCGCCUCUGUAGCACAAGUGCACUGGGCUCGUCUGCCCGACGGCCGCGAAGUAGCGAUCAAGAUCCAAAAGGAGGAGAUUAGCAAGCAAGUCGGCUGGGAUCUCUGGGCUUUCAAAGUCGUCGCCCGCGUCUAUUCCUGGUACUUCGAUCUCCCCUUCUACACCCUCGUUCCCUACAUCACCGAACGGUUGAAGCUGGAAUGCGACUUCACAAACGAGGCGGCCAACUCGCGCCGCAUGGCGGAAUUCGUCGCCGCUGAGCCCCGCCUCCGCGACCGUGUCUAUAUACCCAAAGUGUACGAUGACCUUACCUCCAAACGCGUCAUGACCGCCGAGUGGAUCGAAGGCCACGGCACACCCCUCGACCCACCCAAGCAAUCCACACAACAUCUCCAAUCCGCCUCUGCGAGCUCCCCAGGCGCAGACUUGAAGCCCGAUCGCAACUACUGGCGCGGCGUCGACGGCCAGGGUGGCCUCGGCCUCUCCCUCUCCGAAGUCAUGACCACCAUGGUCUCCCUCUUCUCGGCCCAAAUGUUCAUGUGGGGCUGGGUGCACUGCGACCCUCACCCCGGCAACAUCUUCAUCCGCCGCUUACCAUCCGGCCACAGCGAACUCGUCCUCAUCGACCACGGUCUGUACAUCUCCAUGUCCCCAAAGUUCCGCCACGAGUACUCCCUCUUCUGGAAGUCGAUGAUGACUUUCGACAACGGCACCAUGGGGCGCGUAGCACGCGAGUGGGGUGUAAAUGAUAGUGAGCUGUUCGCGAGUGCCACGCUGAUGAGGCCGUAUCAGGGUGGUCAAGGCAGGAUACAGAAGAAGUUUGCGGAGAUAGGAAGGGAGGAGGAUGCGAAGAAGCGGCAUUAUGAGAUGCAGCAGGCGAGUCGGCAGGCGGUGAGGGAGAUUUUGAGUGAUGAGAAUAAAUGGCCGAAGGAACUUAUUUUUAUUGGGCGGAAUAUGAGGAUUGUGCAGGGGAACAAUCAAUACUUGGGGAGUCCGGUGAAUCGGAUUAAGAUUACGGGGAAUUGGGCGUCCAGGGCGUUGGCGGAUAACAAGGAUCUGAAAUGGAGCGAGAGGUGGAGAUACUGGGCUAGUCAUAUGGUGUUCAAGGUUGUGCUGCUGGGAACGGAUGUGGCGUGGUGGGUGAGUCGAGUGAGGCAGUGGUUUGGGAAGGGAAAGGGAAUGGAUGAUGAUAUGGAGCAGCAGAUGAAGAAGAUUGCGGAGGGGUAUGGUGUUAAGAUGCAGCAUGAUGUUUUUGAGGGUUGA